AGAGAGAGAGAUGGCGCUUGAGAAGGCUAAAGAGAUCGUGUCCUCGAACGCCGUCGUCGUCUUCAGCAAGAGUUAUUGCGCGUACAGCAAUCAGGUUAAGCAGUUGCUAGCACACCUGAAGGCAAGUUUCAAAACCAUAGAGCUGGAUCAUGAAAGUGAUGGAUCAGAGAUUCAGUCUGCACUUGCAGAAUGGACAGGGCAAAGGACCGUUCCUAAUGUUUUUAUAGGCGGUAAACACAUGGGAGGCUGCGACAGUGUUGCUGCAAGGUACUACCAAGGCAAGUUGGUGCCUCUUCUUACCGAAGCCGGAGCUCUAAAUUCAGCAUCAUAAGCAGCAGCAGCAGUAGGAUUGGUUUUGUUUUGUGUGGGCUGGAGAGGUAUCCAGCUAGUGGAUGAUAAACUCUUUGAAACUAUAAUAAGACUAGUGUUGGUGUUGAUGUUUAUCUUAUGACUUUCGUUUUAACACAUGUCCAAAAUUUAGUUUCUCGUAUAAUUUUACAAUUCUUGCAUGUUUCCUUUUUCUCUUCAACUCCAU